CAUACAUGCUUAACUUUCAAAUAUGAUGGAGUAUUUGCGCAAGGAAUUUAAAGUGAAGACUAGAGAAAAUAUUUUACAUACAACUUAAGUAACGUGAUUAGAAAAAUACGGAUGGUCAAGACCGCGGUGACAAUGACUUGGUCACUAAGGAUGCCAGUGAGUGGACAUAAUGACAGAACCGCGGGAAGACCAGCGCUGCUGUAAAUCUUGCCUCAGUAGAACUAAAGAGGAGUUGGAAGGGAAAAAAUGGACUCUGGAAUAUGACGACCCGUCUGAUUUUGUUAAAUUACAAUGUGGUCCUUCCGGGCUCUUCAUCGGCUGGUCGGUGAGCUGGGCGAUAUUACAUAUACUCGGACUCGGACUUCAGCCUUACUUCCACAGGAACUCCGAGCCCAGCCUGAAAUGGUUCUCCUACCUGACCUACUGGGGAUACACCACUCUGGGGUUAUUCACAUUGUCGGACUCUGUAGCAGCCGUCUAUGUCCACGUUCGACGACGAGAUAUUAUCAAAGGAGAAUGUAAAAUGAUGCCAUGGUACUUAAAAGCAGUCUGGGUACAGUUCAACGUGAACACUCCGAUAGCGCUGGUCAUAACUAUUUUGUUUUAUCUCUUUAUACCAAACGAUACCAGUGCCAACAGUAUUCUUGUGCACGCCAUGAAUACAGUCUACGUCGCUGCCAACGUCAUCGUCUGCGCCAAACCGAUGCGCAUACCCCAUGUUCUUCACCCCCUAUUGUACGGCCUAGUGUAUCUCAUUUUCUCCUUGAUUUACCAGAAGAGCACCGACAUCGUUGUGUACACUCAGCUGGACUGGGAUAACAUGCCCCAGACUGCCUUCUUCAUGCUGGGUGUUUUAUUGCUAAUUCUUCCUUUUCUUUACUUCAUGUGUUUGACUGUUACCAGGUUAAGACAGUUGUUGUGUAAAAAAUUGUGUAGAAAGAAAACGACUGUUUCUCCGCAAGAAAUAGAGGGAGAUAACUCUCAUGAUGAUAUUGUGGAUGACACCAGGAAAAACCAGUGACGAGAUUCAAAGUACAUGUUAAUUGAAUUAAUUAGACAGGUAUGACCAUUGGAAUCUAGUAAACCAAAUAAAAAAAAAAGGGGGGGGGGAGCAAAGAUGGUACCAUCUGUUGCUGACAUGGGGGAUGGGCCAUACUAUAGUUUGAAAUUCUCAUCUUCAAAAUGUAUAGCACAUAACACUCUUCUCAGAAUGACGCGACAAAUGACGUUUUUCAAGUUUACUUUGCAAAAUGUUGCAAGUCCUAGGUUAUUGAUGGUGAGAAAACAGCACACUUGUCGUAUACAUUAGCAAUCACUUUCAUGUAUUAUAAGCUAAACUUACGUGUGUAUUGGGGAGAAGUCAUUCCGUUAUGGAAUCCGGAUAUAGCCAUACUGUCCAUUGUCGCGCAGUCCUACUAUUAUUUGCUUGAACGUCAAAGGAACGAAAGUUUCUUUUCUUUUCUUACUUUCUUUUUUUUUUUUUCUCUUUUUUUUUUUUUUACAAGUAUGAUGCAUAUGUACAUAACAUGCCAGCCAAUCUCUGCAAAAUAAACUCAUACAUAU